AUGCAACUUUCUGCCGCCCUCGUGGCCUUGGCCGCCACGUCGGUUUCCGCCGUCAAGCCCCUCAAGAUCCAGGGCAAUGAAUUCUACGAUCCCGACUCGGGCAACAAGUUCCAGGUUGUUGGCAUGGCCUACCAGCCCGGAGGCUCCUCUGGCUACAAUGCUGAGAAGCUCCAAGAUCCUCUUAGCGAUCCUGAGACUUGCAUGCGUGAUGCUGCUUUGAUGCAGGCCAUCGGCAUCAACACCGUCCGUUCCUACAACUUGAACCCCAACGCCAACCACGACGCGUGUGCCAGUAUCUUUAACGCCGCCGGUAUCUACAUGAUCAUCGACGUCAAUGCGCCCCAGAUGUCCCUCGACGCCGCCAAGCCCUGGGAAAGCUACUACAACGCUUACCUGAACCGCACCUUUGCUGUGGUAGAGGCUUUCAAGGGUUACGACAACACCCUUGCCUUCUUCUCUGCCAACGAGGCUAUCGACAGCACCAACCACACCGAGUUCACCCCUGGUUACAUCCGUGCCGUCACCCGCGACCUCCGCCAGUACAUCAAGAAGCACUCCGACCGUGACAUUCCUGUCGGUUACUCUGCCGCUGAUAUCCGCGACGUCCUUCCUGAGACCUACCACUACCUUGAGUGUGACAACGGCAAGAACGACAUGAGCGAAGGCGAGAUCUUUGCUCUUAACUCCUACUCUUGGUGCGGCCCCAAGGCUUCCUUCACCAACUCCGGCUACCAGAACAUCACCAACACCCUCAAGGAUACCCACGUCCCCGUCUUCUUCUCUGAAUACGGCUGCAACGAAGACCCCCCUCGCCUGUGGGAUGAGACCAAGUCUCUCUACGGUGACGACAUGGACAAGAUCUUCUCUGGCGGUAUCAUCUACCAGUGGACCGAGGAUGCCAACCACUACGGCAUUGUCAACAUCACCGGUGACAAGCUCACACUCAUGGAUGACUACACCCGCAUCAAGUCUAAGUUUGGCGAGCUCAACUGGAAGAACAUUCAGGGCCAGAAGGCUGCCAAGAAGGACAUCAAGGCCCCUAAGUGCGACGCCAAGAUGAUCAAGUACCCCGGAUUCGAGAAGAACUUCACCCUCCCUGUCAUUGAUGGAACCGACAAGCUCAUCUCUGAUGGCGUUAACCCCAAGCCCUCUGGCAAGUUUAUCAGCAUUGACAACUACAACGUCAAGAUGUCCGUCUUUGAUGCCCAAGGCAACGCUAUCAAGAACCUCAAGGUUGUGCCUCAAAAGGACAACCAGUUCAACAUCUAUGGCAACGUCCAGCUUGAUACUGGCAAGACUUCCGACGGCAAGACCAGCGGUGACUCUAAGGGUGGAAAGAAUGGCACCGACAAUGCUGCCGGCCUCCUCCACCCUGCUGUCUGGGCUGCUGCUAUGCCUGCGCUUGCUAUGCUCGCCUUUUAA